AUGAGGUUUCAGAACUCUCUUUUUCUACCUACUAUUACAGAAACUACUUUUCAAGUUCAAAUAGUAAACAUACCAAGAGGCUCAAAAGGAAAUAAAAUACUAAAUUUAGCAAACGAUAUCCAUACUAAAAGAAGUAUUAUUAAGAUUAAUAAUGAUGAUAAUUUAUGUUGUCCAAGAGCUAUUAUCGUUGCAUUAUCUCCUCAAACAAAUAAUAUUUUAGAUCAUGAAUUAGAUUCCAAUAAAAUUAAACAAUUGAAGAUGGGUAGAAAAAUUCAAAAAGAUUUAACUUUAAAAUUAUGUAAUAUGUUAAAAGAAUAUAAUGAAGAAGGAUUUACAUUGGAUGAUAUUCAAAAUGUGGAAAAAAUACUAGAUAUACAAAUAAAUAUUGUUUGUGCUGAAAGUUUAAAUGCUUUAAUUUAUAAAGGUGAUGAUAAAGAAACUAAAAUUUAUUUGUAUAAAAAUGGUAAUCAUUUUGAUGUUAUUAAAUCAAUGGCAGGCUUUUAUGGUUCUUCUUAUUAUUGUGAAAAGUGUAAUAAAACAUAUAAAAAUAAAAAUGAACAUGAAUGUGUUAAAGAUAAAAAUGUAUGUAAAUUGUGUCAGAGACCUGAACAUUCAAGUAGUACCAAAAAUAAAAUAUAUUGCCAAAAAUGUAACAGAUAUUGUUAUAAUCAAGAAUGUUUAGAUGAUCAUUUUUUUGUAUGUAUGUAUGUACGUAAAUGUAUUGAUUGUAAUAAAAUAUGUAAAAGAUUUACUAAACUGGAUGAUAUACAUAAAUGUGGAUUUAGAGAAUGUAGAAAUUGUCAAGAAGAAGUGAAAAUAAAUGAACAUCAAUGUUAUAUGCAGCCUAGAUUAGCAUUAUGA